GGAUUUUAGCGCGCUCGUGAUACUGUGUGAUACGACAAUCUGAUUUCUUCUUUUGUGUAUCGAUCGAAGCGCUUCAGAACGAGACCGAAACGGAGGCAUUUCCAUCUCUGGCAAUAGCAAACACACACACACACAUAUAUCUAAAGCAAGCAAACAACUCCAGAUCGAUCGAACAUGGACGGCGAGAAAGUCAGCUCCAUCAACCAGUUGCGAACUCGCUUCCCGGCGCUGUCGUUCUCGGAAGCCCGCGCGCUGCUGGAGAAGCACAACUGGAACGUCAUCAUCGCCGGCGCCGAGGCCGAGCAAGCGGAGAAGAAACGGACCGCCAGCGGCGGGGAAAGCUACUACGUGGGCGGGGGUGACAAGGGCAGCGGGCAGCAGGUGAUGGCCGCGCCAGGCGAGGGUGGGGCGCCGCAAGGGCACCCCCCGGGCGCCAAAGGCGAAGGCGGGGUGCACUCACUUAUCGACAACAUUUUCCAAAAGGCGAAGGAAGAAGGUGCAAAGUUGGAGGAGGAAGGCGGAGGCGAACCACGCGCCUUCUACGGUCGCGGGCAGCGCCUCGGCUACACCGCCAACCCCAGUCCGUACAUCGCCUCCACCUUACGCGCGGAGAAGACGGUGAAUGUAACGGUGUACCGCAACGGCUUCCAGGUGGACGACGACGCCUUCAUCCCGCUGGAGAGUGAUGACGGUCGUCAGUUUUUGGAGGCGAUGGAUAAGGGCUUCGUGCCGGCGCCGCUGGCCGCGCGACACCCCAACACCGACCUUAGCGUUAACCUGCGGGACUGCCUGCAGGUGGACUACACACCGCCGGCCUACACCGCCUUUCAGGGACAGGGGCACCGUCUUGCUGCCGCAGCGAGUGCCUCGGCCAGUCCAGGCGGGCAGAACAGCAGCGGCAGCACCAACGCCGAGUUCGAUGCCUCGCGCACCUUCGAAUUGCGCGACAACGAAGAGAAGUCCUUCGUGGUGCUGUUGAACACCCGCGGCGAGCGGAGGCAGUUCGAGGUGAACCCCGCCCGCCACACCGUGGAGGACCUCUACUACCUCGCGCACACUUACCAGCCGGAUGUGGCGCGGUUUGUGCUGGUGGAGCGGGGCAUGCCGCCGCGUCGCUUGGAGGCCGCGAUGCGUCCGCUGACGAUUGCGGCUGCCAAACUCGCCCGUGCUGUCUUGGCGAUUCAACAGUUGUAG